GGUGAAGAAGAUACUCUUGGCUUCCACUCUUUCAGUCUUCCACUAUAGGCGUGCUUCCUGUCUCAAAAUCUUAAAUCUAACUUAUCCACACUUUCCGGCUUUACACCUCUCGCCCUGUGGGGGUCUCUUUCACGUUUCCAACUUCUCUACAGCUAAAAUUCGCGUUUGAAUUGGUAUUCCAAUAAAAUAAAAUGGCAGGUUGGAAUUAUCCAGAAAUAGCCCUAGAAGAUUUUCUGAAAGCAAUACAAGGGUUUGUAGAUAUGUUGAUUCUUGCAUCUGGGUAUCAAUCGUCUGGUAGUCUUGCUCACUGGGAUUCGUCUAAUAUAAAGAAGGCUCUCCAAUGGGCUCUAUUAAUUGAGGACGUGAUUGGACACUUGAGCAGCCAUGAUGAAUAUAGAGAUUCUCUGGAGGAAUUUAAUAAAGCUUUAUGUGAGAUGAUUUCUAACCCACAUUUCCCCAAGGGUCUAGAACAUCUAUCAUCCAAGACUCUUAUGAAUGCAAGAAAUCUAAUGAUAGAACAUCUUAUUCAUUCCUUACCAUUGAGGGAUUCACACCUCAGAGCUCUUGUGGCAGCAACCGUUGAGAUGGAUUCUCAUAAACAUUUGGAAAAAUUGUUGCAAAAGGAAUCGAGAAAAGAUGCUUUCGACUCUAGCAGACAAUUAUUUGAAGAAUCAUCAAACACAGAAGCUAAUAGUGCUACCUGCAGCUUCUCUUUCAUAACUGCACGUGAACUCCAAAGGAGACUUUUGGGAGUGUCAUCAGUUUCUGCAACAGAGAAACUCUUAAAUAUUUUAUCCCAUAGUGUAUACUGUUUAAGUUUAAGUGAGCCUGGCAAGAACUUACCUGAUGGUGUUGCAAACAUAGGAGCUUUAAUGUAUAGCGAAAUGCUGGUGGAUCCUUUUACCUGGAGUCACAUGAGAUCACGAAACCUCUCGUAUUUUCUUGACAAGAGAACUAUUAGGAUGGUAUCAGGUGCCAGUCUUCUAUUUUCAGCUCCCGAGGACCAAUGUGCUAGCGUGUUUGGGAGGUUAUCCAUUUUAACCGAUGAUGAUGCUACUUUCUCUGAAGCAGUUGAGCUUUUGUUACUUGGAUGUGCUGCAAGAAAAUGGGAAGUUCUCAUUAAACAUUUUAUGUCGACCUCAUAUGAACCUGUUACUUUAUCAAAACUAUGCAAAGAGGUGCUUAACUUAAUGGCUGGACAUUGUAAAAACAUCUGCUGCAAAGAUAAUAUGAUGAGUUCAAAGGAUAAAAGUGUUGUGAGGUUUCUGGAGGGAUGGCUAAGCAGUAGGCUACAUAUCUGGUGGAAUUUGUCCCCUAUACUAGCAGCAUUUGCAAUUCCUUCCUGGUCUCUUCUGUUUAAAUCUUAUAUAAGGGAACUAGAGAGUCACUUGAGAGGAGACUCAUCAUUGACAAGGUUUUCCAAGGAUGGAAAGGAGCUUAAAGAAUGUGACAUAGUUGACAGGAUGUGGUGCCUCUAUAUAUAUCAUAUCCGUGGUUCCACUUAGGGAUGUGCCAAGUGAGGUUCACAUCAUUACAUGGGUGUUGCAAAGAGAGCACUCAGGUACAUAAAAGGCACUUUAGAGUUUAAAGUAUUUUACCAACCUUGCUCGGAUGCAAGGUUGAUAGCAUUUUCAGAUAGUGAUUGGGGAGGUUCGGUCGAUGACAUGAAAAGUGCUUCAGGGUAUGAUUUCUCUUUUGGCUGGGGAGUGUUUUCAUGGAAUUCUAAGAAACAAGAUGUAACUGCUCAGUCCACAGCUGAAGCCGGGUAUGUGGCAACCUCAACAGCAUCAAGCAACAUGGCUUAGGAAAACACUGGCAGAUUUAAGCUACAACCAAGAUGAAGCUACUAUAAUCCUAGUUGAUAACAAGUCAGCCAUUUCUAUCUCAAAAAAUGCAGUCUGUUUCAGAGACAAAGCACAUGAAAGUCAGUUUUUAUGCACUUCGGGACGCGCAACAACAUAAGUGAAACUUGCUCAAUGCCCCUCUAAGUUACGCGCUUGCAGACAUCUUAAUUAAAGCCUUGCUAAAAGGCAUUGUUUGGGGCUGCUCAAUUUCAUCACUUGUCCAAGGCUGAGAACGAUAUUAUGGUAACGAAUUAAAGUUGUGAGAGAGGUGCAGCAGCUACAACAGAUCUUUAUGUGUUCAAAAACUGUGAGUGAGAAGCAAAAGUAAUCAAAGAUGUUUAUUGAAAUCAAAGAUGUUUACAAGGAUCUGAAACUGAGAAGGAAAGAUAGAACCACAACAAGGAAGAUUAAGUAAUAGUAGUAGGCUAGUAGCAAUAACAAUGGAGUCGUAAUCAGCAAGCCAGCACCCCUGGCUUCUUUUUCACCCUGUUUUGUUACAGUGCGGGAUGGGAAGUCCUACAUUUCCACAUAGACCGGGAUUCCCAAUAAAGGCUGCAGCUUUCGCUUGGAGGAAUAUUCCCUUGUUAGGAAUUGGACCGGAUAGUUGGUUGUAUGAGAAAUCUAUCGUUUGCAAUCUGAUCAUACCCGAUAAAGCUGAAGGGAGUCCACCGGAGAGGGUGUUGUGUGAUAAACUCAGAUUCCGGAGGCGUGUUAGAUUUCCCACAUUGUUUGGAAUUUGGCCAGUCAAGUGAUUCUUGCUGAGAUUGAGAGUCCGCAGCGCGCGUAGAUUGCCGAGCUCAGACGGAAUCCCACCCGUUAACUCAUUUGCAUCCAAGGUGAGAGUGUGCAGGUUAGACAGCUGCCCUAAUUCGGAAGGGAUGCGACCCGAGACCCUGUUCCCUGAAAUUCCCAGCUUAGUGAGCUUCUUAUACUCUCCCCAAUUAGAAGGAAUUUGGCUGCUGAAUCGGUUCACUUUCAGGGAAAGGAUAUCAAGAACUGGGUGCACUCCAAGCACUUGUGAGAUGUCCCCUGAGAAUUUGUUUCCGUCUAGCCUUAGCGUGUCCAGUUUGGAACAUUUCUUCAAGCAAGCAGGCAACUUCCCUCUGAAGCGGUUCCAUCUUGUCGUCAGGUAUUGAAGAGCUAAACCUUGACACAGUUUAGGUGGCAGUCUUCCAGAAAAGUUGUUAAGCGAAAAGCUAACAUUUGACAACAUGGGACUGUGUGAGCCCAAGUCUCUAGGAACUUUGCCUGUGAAAGCAUUUCUAGCAAGAUAAAGGAUCUCCAAUUUACUAAGGGUUGAGAUGCUCUGGGGCAACUCUCCACUGAAUAGGUUUUCAGUAACAUCAAGAGAAGUGAUUGAUGUCAGGUUGCCAAUCUCUGCCGGAAGUGCCCCGUUGAGUUUGUUGGUGAAAAGGCUUAGGACAGAGAGGUUUUUGAGGUUUCCAAUUGUCUUAGGCAUAGGACCAGAAAGGUUAUUCCCGGACAGGUCUAAAUAGACUAAAUUUUGUAAAUUUCCUAUCUGGGGUGGAAUCAUGCCUGAAAACUGAUUCAUGUACAAGAAGAGGUAUUGGAGAUUUUUUAACAAACCGAUUUCGGAUGGAAUUCUCCCAUUGAAGGAAUUGUUCUGAAGCUGCAAAGAUGUUAGGGCGGUCCAGUUGGACAUGAAAUAUGGUGGAAUUUCACCUGAAAGAAAAUUAUCCGAAAUCCCCAAGUCAGACAACUUGGUCAGGGAUGACAAGGAUGAAGGCAAGACACCAGAGAGUGAAUUUGCAGCCAGAGCCAAGUAAGUAAGGUUAGUGCAAAGACCAAGCUCAGAAGGAAUGUUUGAAUCCAGGCGGUUCAUCCGAAUAUCCAAGACCUGAAGACCUUUGAGUUGGCCUAUUGUUGAUGGUAUCUUUCCUUGAAAUGAAUUGUUGAACAAAUUCAGAUUCUUAAGCUUUGAUAGUUUCCCAAUGUUUGGAGACAAAAACCCUGUUAAUUCAUUUUGGGAGAGAUCAAGAUGCUCAAUCCUCUCCAUAUUCGUAAACAAAGACUCCGGGAUUGUUCCAUUCAAAUGGUUCAAGGACAGAUCAAGAAAACUCAGGUUUCUGCAACCCAGUAUAAAUUCAGGGAACCCUGACCUUAAUUCAUUAUAAUAGAAACUAAGAUGUCCCAGAUCAGGAAAGCUAUUGAAUUUAGACCAGUCAGGAGCUUCCAAGAAAUUUUGUCCCAUGUCCAUGAACCAUACCUUCUGAAGAUUUCCAAUCUGAUAAGGAAUGACACCAACAAUGUUGUUGUUGAAAAGGGUGAGGUACUCAAGCUCCUUCAAGUUUCCAACUUCCGGCGGUAUGAUUCCAUAAAAGUUGUUUCUGCUCAAGUCCAGGGAAAUCAAGCUGGACGACAACUUUCCAAUGGCGGAAGGGAUUGGUCCCGUGAAGUUGUUCCCACUGAUGUUGAAAUGUUUGAGGGUUGUAAAAGAAACGAAGUUGAGCUGAUCAAGAGUCCCAGAGAGGUUUGAAUGAGGAAGGCUGAUCUCAGAAACUGUUCCUCCAACAUUGCAGACUAUGCCGAACCAUUCACAUUUGUGUGCCUGGUUGGAAAGUGACCAUGCAUUGAGUAAAGAAGAAGAUGAGAUCAAGAGGGUGUUCUUCCAUUUGAUCAGAGCCUGGGCUUCUGUGUUUGCUGAUGCUUUUGUCUCCGGUGUGAAGGAACAGAGCAACAGAAAGAAGCACAAGAGUGUAACCCUAUCCCCGCUAAAUAUUUCCAUUCUUUUUUUGUGUCUCUUGACCCCCAAAAUCAAGAUUACACCACACUAUGAUAGAUAAGAGAAAAGAGAUAUAUUAAGAUCCCAAUACCAAGAAGGUAUAUAUAAGUUUAUCAAAGUUGCCACUUUUGGUGAUAAAAGAACAUCAAUGGGAAAUUUGAGAUUAUUAAAUUUGAUUUUUGAUAGUGUGAAAAGGAAAAUAA